CGAGCUACCUAAAUGCUCACUCGUCAUCUGGGUUCGAGGAGUCGUAAGAGCUCUGCGCUGCUGAUCCGAAGAACUGGAAAGCCGAAUGAGCUCGUACAAUAAUAAUAUGUAUAGGUCAUAAUGCUUUACCGGUACACGUGUCCUUAGGCUUAGGUUGGUCGAGUCGAGUCGAGUGGAAGCCGUCGCCUUCCGAGUGGGAUUUGUCUCGUAGACCUACGUCUGGUCGUUUCGUCGCAAAGUGCGAGAGGUCUGAUGCAUUCGUAGAUCGAUAGCUAAGGGUCUCUAAUCAUGGAUGCCAUUUCGCAGAUCAUCCAAGAUCAGUCCGGCGGGGACCCUGCUCUGAAACCCAAUCUGCAACUUUGCAUCGAUCCGAGCACCUUGCCAGACGUGGAGGAGAGCGAAGUGGACCGCACUCCGGUCACCGACGCCUUGCGGGAGCUGGAAGGCUCGCACCGUCCGCCCGCCAGUGAACUGGACGUGCCCAUCCGAUUGAGAGACGUGCUGCCUUCCCAAGUCAAGAAGCUCUUCCCCGAAGGCUUGGCGGGAGGUAACGUGACCAUAAAGAGGUCGUUUGGCGGGCGAGUCGCUCCGAACUACAUGUUCGAGGUAGAUUUCCGGCAGGACAGAUCUGAGGAGCGCAUCGAAAGGCUGCGGCCGCCCAGUAUCGACAAGGACGCCCACUACACCGAGCUACGGUCGCACGUCGAGUUCGAGCCAAGCACACGUCUACCGUCGGAGCACUCCAAGCGCUGCUUGGAAUGCAUAUUCAAGAAGAAGGAUCGGGCGCAGAUCAAAGCGGCUCUACAGCGAUUGUUCCUACGCGAUUCUUUCAGGCGUGCAGCCGGCCGUUUCCACUGCAUGCUGCAAUAUCACUUUGUCGCCACUUGCCUUGCAUUCCUGUGCGACUGGCAGACAUUCAAGGAGUAUAGCACACAGUUCCGGGAUCCCAUCGACCUGCGCGCAUUCCUGGUCAGUGCCGACAUUCUGCCAUUCUUGCAGCAGAUGGUGAACAACCAGACUCCAACGCACAUGGAGGUCGACGAAGAGGUGCCGUGGCAGUGGUACACAGUUCGAAGCUAUGCCCUAUUGCUGCUGAUGAUAUUUGUAUCACCGGCGCGCAAGCAGCUGGAUCGCGCUCGCUCCGACAAAGAGGUCGCGAAUGCGUUGAAGGCGGCCAAGCAGAUCUGCAAGGGCGGUGUGAUACACAGCCUCAUGCCAAUGCUGGGCAACAACAUGCUAAGCGUGAUGGAGACAAGCUAUGCAGUGACGCUCAUUCAGCACCUCUGUGACACGGUGCACGACGGCCUGCAUGAUGUGCUUAUCAGCAAUGGAAUUCGCUACUUCAGCCGUCUGUUCACAUCAGGCCGCUUGGGCAGAAAAGUGGAGGAGAUGGAGAUGGACUGUGUGGGGAUGGCUGAAAAGUUCUUUCUCUCUCUUCCCAUAGACAAUAUGAAGCUGGUGAGUUCCAGCGUGCAGGUUACCGAGUCCCGGUUACGACGGGCAUGGAACCAUGUCGCUCUCAUACGUCAAAUGAGCGGGAGUCUUGUCGUUCGCCUCAUGUGCAUGUCCGACUUGACCCGGCAGCACGCUCUGGCCCUGCCAGGUCCAGUGUCCUGUAUGCACUCGGUGAUCAGGUGCCUACGACAGCCGUACCAGCCUAGUUUUGGUCUAGGCCGUGGCGUGAUCAAUGCGGCAUCACAGCUACUGCUAGCCAUGGUCGAGGGAUCUCACGACCUGGCUCAUGAGCUCCUCGAAAAUGAAGAGCUGACAACUAUCUUCGUCAGGUGGCUUCUGGCCCCGUAUCGAUGGCCAGUUGACAAUCUACUGGCCUGCAUCAGUGAAAUGCUGAAGGGGCGGACAGCUGAGUGCCCAUGCUUUCGCGAAAUUGAAUCGUCCACGCCCAUCCUGGAGGCAUGUGGUCUGUAUCUCUACUGCAGCAACCAGGAUGUGCAAGCCAACGCUCACUACAUUGUCAUCGAGCUGUGCAAGACAGAGCCACGCCACACCAAGCACCUCAUGAAUAUGGACCUUAUUAGCCCCAAGCUGUAUAAAGAGAAAAUCCUGCCAAUGCUCAGCCCAGCUGCUGCGGCGUCCACUCCAGAGUUUCCUAUCCUAGAACACCAGGAAGCAUGGCAGAACAAAGAUGAGCAACUCGAGGACGUUUUCAAGAUAGGAGAUACAGAAGGCAUGUCCAAGCUACGCAUGAAGGAGCAAGGCGAGAAACACUUUGCAGCAGGCACUCUCACUGAAUCUUACAAAUGGUUCACCUCUGCCUUUCUGACAGGUCCACAUGUGGAGUGCAAUACGGCAAUCCUGCGCAAGCGUGCCGAGAUCUACUACGGCUGGGGGCAGUACGACAAGGCACUGCAGGAUUGCACGCUUAUGAUUUCCUUUGACUUUGAUGACAAGUACAGCUGGGAGGUUGUCCGUGCACUGAAUCUGCGUGCCAGGUGUUUUCAACGCGAUGGACGCCUAUUUGAAGCCUGCAAUGACAUGCUACGCUGCGUGUAUGAAAUGCCUGCAGGACAAGAUUAUAUCCGCUUCUUCUUUGAGGUGGCACGCGAAUGGCGCAACAUCAGCUCAAAGGAACUGGAGAAACAUGUGGUCAAGAAUGCAGCCGGCACGCCUCUGGAGAGGUGUGCGAAAUGCUCCGUUGGCAAACCGGACAUGCCUAGAUGCUCCCGGUGCAAAGUGAUGUACUGCUCACUUCGCUGCCAGCGCAGUCAUUGGACAGAGCACAAAUCCAGGUGCGAAGCCGUUUCCGAUAAAGCCUAUGCUUAGCCUCUGUGUGGCAUAAUAGCAGGCAGGUGAAUCAUCGGAAAAUGAAUGACAAAUAUUUGUAGCUGGACUGUAGUCUCCCCCCUCCCUCUCACUGAUCCUGUCUCUUUUUGGUAGCUUAUCAAAGCAUGGACUUCAUGGUAACAGUCAAUGCACUCUGAUCAUAGUAAGUUACUUGUUGGGAAUGCAUCGAGCUUCCAGCCUUGAGAAACUGUUUAAGUUGACAUUCAGCGUGAUUGAUGAAAUCCGGUGACACAUUUUCUGGCUCUGCUCUCAUUGUAGUGGUACCGGAAACACUGUUCUGUGCACUCAGACGCGGCGCUACUUUAUUCAUGAGGUUGAAUUUUUCUGGCCAGCUGUUGUAGCUGCUGUUGUUGUUUCAAAUCUUUAUUCUUUGUUGUUGUUGUUGUUUCAAAUCUUUAUUCUCGUUGUUGUUGUUGUUGUUGUUGUUGUUGUUGUUGUUGUUGUUGUUGUUGUUGUUGUUGUUGUUGUUGUUGUUGUUGUUGUUGUUGUUGCCGGUUGUUGUUGUUGUUGUUGUUGUUUCAAAUCUAUAUUCUCACGAUAGCCAGUGGCCAAUAAAGAGAUAAUAGUGUGAGA